UCUCCUUUAUUCUCUCUACACAAAGGGUCCUUCUGUCAAGAACAAUCUCAGAGCUUCAUCUAAUCAAAAUUUCAAAUUUCAAAAUUUCAUGAUCUUUUGUUUGGUUUUGGGAUUCUGGGUAUUGAAAAAAACCUGCAAUAUUAGAGGUUUUAAUUGGGUUUUUGGGAGUGUUCUUCUCAGGUACUCUGUUUCCCAACUUUGGUUUCUGGGUCUUAUAGAGUUGAGUGGUUGGGUGAGCUUCUCAGUAUAAGAAACAAACUUGAAUUUGGAAAGAAUGACUCUGUUGUACAAGGGUUGCAUUGUAUGGAACUUCUAUUCCGUUCUUGAGAAGAAAUUUUAUGCCUGUGUUGACAAAAGCUUUUAUUUUUGGAUCUUCCAAAUCUUCAAUAGGUACAGCACUGGCACUUAGCUUUAAAAAUUACAAAACUGUAGUUCUUCUAGCUGCUGCCACCUUGUUUUUUUUUUCACUUUUACGGAGAUUCGGAUAGUUUGGAAGUGGAAAUGGGAGCAGCAUCGCUUCCCCCUGGUUUUCGGUUCCACCCGACAGAUGAAGAGUUGGUGGGGUAUUACUUAAAAAGGAAGAUUGAAGGACUUGAGAUUGAGCUUGAAGUUAUCCCGGAGAUCGAUUUAUAUAAAUUUGAUCCAUGGGAGUUACCAGACAAAUCAUUCCUCCCAAAACGGGAUAUGGAAUGGUUCUUCUUCUGUCCCAGGGAUCGUAAAUAUCCAAAUGGUUCACGUACAAAUAGAGCCACCGGAGCUGGCUAUUGGAAAGCCACUGGAAAGGACCGCAAAAUAGUAUGUCAAUCUGCUGUGUCUGGUUUUCGGAAGACCCUAGUAUUCUAUCGUGGACGAGCACCUUUAGGAGAUCGGACGGACUGGUUGAUGCAUGAAUACCGCCUUUGUGAUGAUCUUUGUCAAGGAUCAUCUGGUUUUCAGGGAGCUUUUGCUUUGUGUCGUGUAGUUAAGAAGAAUGAUCAUGGACAGAAGAUGAGUGAUCACCAAGGAGGACCCAAAGCCAGAAGGGCGGGGGUCACUUCUGCCAGAGGUAACUCCACGGUAUCAGGGGUCUCAACUGAGCUCUUAAGCAACCCCAGUGAAAGUUCAUCUCAAGCUUCUAACCUACACAAUGGAAGUACCUAUUCAAGCCCUGUUACUUCCCCUUUUGAAAUUAUUAGGGUGCCAGAGUUUGGGCAGGCAUCAAACAAGACUGAUGCAAAAGGCCUCUGGGUCUCACCUAAUCUAAUUCUGGACUCUUCAAAGGAUUAUCCACAGGGUCAAGAUGUUGGAUCUGAAUUUUUUCAACAACACGAGUUUCUGAACUCGGUACCUUCAUGGCAACAUUCCGAUUCUGCAGAAAUCUCUAUCCCAUCAUCCUACUCUAUCAUGGAGGAAGUUGAUCUCGCAGAUGAUCUAAGUCGAAUGAGCUGUAUGUCACCUUAUUCAGGACCCAUAAACUACAUGAACUUUUAUGGAGAUGAGGAUAGAACAUAUCAGAGCUUCAAUUCAACUGAUUCACAGAGAAACGAAGACCAGUACAUCAAUGGGUAUGAAGCUUGGAACUCCACUCCAAUUUGCAGACAAAGCAGUGGAGAUGGGAGUCUGGGAGAGUUAAGCGGACUAUGGUUGCAAGAGGAUAACUUGGUGAUUGUGAUGUGAGGAUAGCCCUGAGUAGGGGUUGGCAUAGAUUAUCUUAUUAUGCGAUUACUACUGUAGUUGCUCAACAGGAGCUGGAUCUCUGAGACAACGCCUUUUAAUGAUUGUUCUUGGAGUAAAAUAUUCCAAGUACCGCCUCCAUUAGUAUCCUAAGUAGAAAGUACCGGCGGCAAUCACUUUUAACGAUUGCAUCUGGAGUUGUUCAAUGGCUAAGUGUGUAACAGUUUCUUAUCUAUGCUCUAAUGUAAUAAUGAACUUUAGUUUCAUCACUAGCUGUCCCAUGUAUUAUAUAGUGCAAAAGUUUGAAUUCUACUAUUGCCUUUUC